AUGCUCCUGUGUCUCUCUUGUCUCUUCCUGGUUGGGAUCGCUGUUCUGAUCCCUACCUUGGGAUGGUCGGGGUGGAAUCCUCUGGGGUGGAGGAGAGGCCAGAAGUUGGCGGGGAAGGAGAUGACAGGCCAGGAGGAUCGAUCGAAACUCAUGGAUACAAGCACAUCUCCAUGUGAGGACUUCUACCAGUAUGCUUGUGGAGGUUUCCUGAAGAAAGAGCUUCCAAGCGAUCACGAUCAAUGGUACUACACCUUCGAUGGCGUCAAGGAACGAGACGCGCAGAUGAUGCGCUCUCUGAUGAUGGGACAUGGAGGAGGCGAUGCCGGGAAGCUCUUCCGAUCAUGUCUGGAUACUGAGUCCAUCGAUGCUCAGGGGAUCCGGCCAGUCCUGCCAUAUCUUACGAGGGUUGACGCAGCCCUGGCCCAGCAGGGCGAUCGACCGUUGGUGGAGGUGGUUGCCAUGAUUCACCGGCUGAACUCGAAAGCUUUCUUCUUCUGGGACGUUGGGGCAGACGUGGACUCGCUGAAGAGGCAAGAGAGCAGCGAGGCAGCAGCGAGCAUCCUGGACGUUGAGACCGAGCUGGCAAGGAUGUUCUUGUCGCACGCUGACGAGCGAACAGCAAACUCUCUCCCCCCACUCUCCUUCAAGCAGGUGGUGAAGGGCAUGCAAGUGAAGCAUGGGCUCGAUUGGUCCCUCUUCUUCGAACUGCUCGGGGUCGACAAGCAUCUGCUGCAGUCAGACGACAAGAUGGUGAGGGUAGUGGAUGUUCCUUUCUUUCAACGGCUGUGCGGGCUGAUAGGACGGAAAGACAAGACUUACUGGCGGUGGUACCUUAAGUGGAAGCUGCUAGACAACCUCGUCGGGCAUCUCGGACAUCCGUUUCAGGUGUGGGCAAGAAACUUUCGCACAGAAGACGAGGAGGAGGAGCGAGGGAGUGGCGGGAGGGAAGGAGUGGAAGGGGAGGGAGAAGUUGCAGACCUUGAGUUUCGGAAGCGAUUGUAUGGCGUCAAAGCUGAUCCACCGAGGUGGCGCAUUUGCCUCCAUACCUUGAACUUGUUCGUGCCGGACGUCAUCGGGCAAACUUACCAGCAGCAUGCUGGUCGUGAUGACGUGGCAGCGAGAGCGGAGAGGAUGAUCGGCAAGCUGAAGCAGGAGUUCGCAAAGGUCAUCCGACGAUCCUCGUGGAUGUCGGAGAGCAGCAAGCGAGUCGCUCUGGUCAAGUUGGCGGACAUGGACGUGGAGGUAGGAGGACCUCGGAACGUUGAACCCCUUGGCUUCGUCGUACAUCAUCAGAGGUGGUUUCAGAACUCUGUCAACAUAGCCAAGAAAGUCGUCACCGACCAGAUCACGAAGCUCGCUACUGUCAAGGGGAGGAGAGACUGGGGGACUGACCUCGGCCCGAUGUCCGUCAACGCCUUCUACAACAUCCACACCAACUCGCUCUUCGUCCCCUCUGCCCUCCUUCAGGUCAGCCCUUGCGAACUCUCUCCCUUCUCAACUCCCUCCCGCCAGUUUCCCUUCAUCGCUGCUGGGGGACACGCGAGUUCUCCCUUCUCUCCCUACGAUUUGGGAUCCCUUGGGGGUCUUGUGGGGCAUGAAAUGUCCCACGGGUUCGACAACGUCGGGAGACUUUUCGGCCCCAACUUCGAGCUGAGAAGCUGGUGGGACAACUCGACGAUCAGGAGCUACAAGAAGAGAGCAGAUUGCAUAGGGAGAUACUAUCACACGUACACGAGUGCUGGAAGGCAUGUCCACAGCAACCAGACACUGGAAGAGGACAUCGCUGAUCGAGGAGGGUUGCAUCUUGCUUACUUGGCCAUGAGAGCCGCUCUCCCUGCAGGCAGGCAUGUUGAGUUUGCACCCUUUGCCCAGACGUACCGAUGUCAUGCAGGGAGCAAGAUGUACAACAGCCAUGACAGCGAAUGCAACCUCUGGUGA